AUGCCCGUCCGACCUGUCUGCGCUGCCUGCGAAGCCCGACAAACGGAAUGCUACUACCUUACCAAAGAUGAAUCCGAGACGAAGCUGCAAGCCCUCAGGCGCGAGAACAAUACUCUGAACGAAUUAAUAAACCAUCUGCGUACCAUGCCGGUUGACGCAGCGCAAUCGAUCCUGCAGGGACUCAGGAACUCAGCAAAUCCACAGUCGAUCCUGAAAGAUAUUAGAGAUGGGAAGCUUUCGACAGUCCAGCCUUCACAGACAGAGACCGCGCUUGCUGCGUUGCCACAUGUGUACUCGGAAACGGAGUUCCAUCUCAUGAUGGACCACCCGACAGCUUACCCUGCCCUGGAUCUGACGCACGAUGCUAUGCUAUCAAAGAGCACACUGCUAGAGUCAAUAAGAGUAUUGGCAGAAGAUCGAUCUCCUGAAUCAGCUUCCGGGAUGCCCGCUGCAUCAGCUGUGAGCUCACGCACGUUGAGUGACGAUCCACAGGACAUUCUUAGCGCGCAAGCUGAGCCAAACGUUUUGACCGAUGGCUUAUUCCCCGGUGAUAUUGAUCCGACCUUGGAAGAUUUAAGGAUCCAAUAUUGGACUACAGUCGACGUGACCGACGAAUUCGCCGCGAGCGCCAUAUCUCAAUACUUAGAAAAUGAUCAUCCUACGCUAGGCUUGUUCGAUGCUCAACUGUUUGUGAGGGAUCUGCAAGCGUACACGUCGAAAAACCCCGAUGCGGCGGCAAAGAGCUACGAGUUUGAGAAGGAGGCAGAUGUGCUUUGGCGGGCAGAAAAGGAGGACUCCGUGUUGACAACUGCCGGGCUCUCGCUCUUGUUCUUGUCUCAUGGCGGCCAUGGCUCCGGUAGGGAAUUGGAGCUCCUCCACGAAGCUUCCGAUAUGGCUAAGCGCCUCAAGUUGUUUGGCGUGAAGACCGUACUUGAUGAUGAGCAGAUCUCAUCGCUUUCUCCCGCAGCUCAACGGGCCUUACAAGCGCAGUAUUACCUCACGUUGUCGACGGAAUACGAGCCAAAGGUCCCUAUUCCGCGAGAAUCAGGUAACAGCGACUCCGAGGGCCUCCCACAGCUCAAGAUGCUUCACAGCCACGACUCAGGCCAGGUGUUCCACUAUUUAUGCAGGCUAUCGGUACUUGCUUCAGGGAUUUUUCUGGUAGUGCGAGAUACAACGGGCUCGAAAACGCCGCCGCCGCUAGCCUUUGCCAUGCAGCAGUAUCGUCAGCUACUCGAAUUUGUUGACAGCUUGCCUCCUGGAAUGCAAAGGAAAGCAGGCGCAGACUAUGCUCCAGUACUUGAUUUCCACCUCAUCACGGACCUUUUUCGGCCCUUCGUCACUCGCGAGAGGGAUGAUGGCUUCCGCGAAUUUUACGAAAAGCAUAACUCACCGGAAGCUAUCUUUUCUGCCUCGGUGCACCAACUCAAAGGCAUCGUUGUCGAAUACACGUCCCAACACCCUUCAGCAGCGCACCACAUCUACUGGGCAACGGCCCUUCUGUACGUCUUCAACACCAUCGUGAAAGACCGAUCGGAUCCGUUUUGGCGUUUCUACUUUUGGUUGUGUAUUCACUGCUACUCUCAGCUGUUCGUCUGCUACCCAGUCGUGGAAGGUGUCGUACAGUCGCUCCUGGCCAUUGCCGUGAAAUAUGGCGCAAUUACGAGGAAGGACGCAACGAGGGUCAUGCAAGAAGGGUUUUAUAAAGACGGUGCCGGCAAGCGUGCGCGAAGUCGGCUUGGCGGACCACAGGAGAAGUAUCCAGGAUCAUACAAGUUCGAUCUCGAUCUUGCUGUGCGUGAUCGAGAUGCGGCUGAUGUCAGCACUCUCGUGGCAAGAUUCGAGGAUAUGGACAUGUUCGACGAGUUCACGAGGCUGGGUGAAUCGGAAUCGAGUGAGGACGGGAAUGACGGGCGUAAAGAAUCCCAGGCCGGUGGGUAG